AUGGAGAAAGCAGGAAUCAUCCAAUGGUUAAAUCUUAUAGUCUGUGUACUGCUACUGCUUGAGGCAGAGGGAUCUUUGGUUCCAUUGACUUUGGUCGAGAAUGCAAUAUCACAAGGAGCUGUUUGUUUGGAUGGAAGUCCCCCAGCUUACCACUUUGAUAAGGGAGUUGGAGAAGGGAUUAACAGCUGGAUUGUUCACAUGGAGGGAGGAGGAUGGUGCAAAGAUGUCAACGAUUGCCUUGGGCGUAAGAAAAGUCGCUUAGGUUCAUCUAAUCAAAUGGUUGAGGACAUUUACUUUAGUGGAAUUUUAAACAACGACCGACAGUAUAAUCCAGAUUUCUACAAUUGGAAUAGAGUCCUGGUUAGGUACUGUGAUGGGUCAUCCUUUACUGGUGAUGUGGAGGAAGUUGAUCCAACAAACAAUUUGUACUUUAGAGGAGCAAGGAUUUUUUCAGCUGUAAUGGAAGAUUUACUAGCACAAGGAUUGGAAAAGGCUGAAAAUGCUAUUCUAACUGGCUGUUCAGCUGGAGGAUUGACUACUAUAUUACAGUGUGAUAAUUUUAAAUCUCUGUUGCCUUCUGGAGCUAAUGUAAAAUGUGUUCCAGAUGCCGGUUAUUUUAUCAAUGCCAAGGAUAUCUCAGGAGCACAUUUCAUUGAAGAGUUCUACAGUAAAGUUGUUUCGACACACGGAUCAGCAAAGAAUUUGCCCGCAGCCUGCAUUUCCAAACUCACCCCAGGACUAUGCUUUUUCCCAGAAAAUGUGGUAUCACAUAUCAGUACUCCAAUCUUCGUAGUAAAUUCAGCCUAUGACUCAUGGCAGAUCCAGAACAUCUUGGCACCUGGUGCUGCUGAUCCCAGUGACAAAUGGCAUAGCUGCAAGCUUGAUUUAAGAAGCUGCUCAUCUGAUCAACUACGUAUACUGCAAGAUUUCAAGGAAGAAUUUGAAAAGGCAGUGAGUGUGGUUGGAGACUCUCCAUCUAAAGGAAUGUUUAUAGACGCUUGCUUCACCCACUGUCAAACAUUAUCAACGGAGACAUGGUUUAAAGCUGACUCACCACAUCUUGCCAAUACAACAAUUGGUAAGGCAGUAGGGGACUGGUUUUAUGAUCGGAGCCCUUUCAGCCAUGUAGAUUGCAAUUAUCCUUGCAACCCCACUUGUCAGAACAGUGUUUCUGAUCUAAAAGACCACCCUGGAAUAUAG